ACUCUAGUCCAAUUGCUAGCAACAUCACUCAUGGCUACCUUUUCCAUGUGACCGAAGUUCGGUUUCAUGAUAUAUUUUAGCAAGGUGUAUUCUCGUGAAUAGUGAAAUGACGGCUUUAACAACACUUCUCAGAGGCGUACGCACCUUAGGGGUUCAUCUUCAACCAGCAUUUAUCCGGCAACCAGUACUGAGCCGGGGUCUUCGAGGUGCUCCUCCCGAGAGUGCAAAAACCUUAGAAGACAAACUCAGAGAAUUGUCUGCUGCUGAUCCAGUAGAAGCAAGAGUUGAUAUUGGAUUUCGGCAGUCAGCAAUCAAGAACAAAGCACUCCUGAAAGCCCGAUACCAACUCUGGAAGGAAAACAAGGAUGACUUGGAUCUGGCUGAGAGGUCACGGAGCGGAACAUUAAAAAUAUCCUACGAAGAGGCAAGACAAAAUUGGCUAGCUGAUGAGGCACCCAACCACGUGAAGGAAAUUGCCGACCACUACGGCAUUUUCAAAGACCUCUAUGCAUAUGGAUAUUUUCACCCUAUUAUGUACCUGAACGUUUAUUAUGAGCAUGAUGCGGAACAUGUGAUGCCGGUGUACCAUGGAAAUCACAUCCUUCCAUCAGAGGCAUCCCAGGCUCCGUCAGUUUCUUUUGACUCCGAGCCUGACGCGCUUUGGUCACUUGUCUUGACAAGCCUGGAUGGCCAUCUGCUUGAUAAUGACAAGGAAUAUUUGCACUGGUUUGUGGGUAAUAUCAAGGGAGGCAAUGUCGCAAACGGUGAAGUAGUCUGCGACUACAUGCAGCCAUUUUUGCCUCGAGGCACAGGGUAUCAUCGGUAUGUCUUUGUUCUGUACAAGCAAGAAGGUCUCAUUGACUACUCAAAGUUCAAGUUGCCCCCAAAAUGCACCAGCCUGGAACAGAGGACAUUCAAAACACACAACUUCUAUGAGGAGCACGAGAAAGUUUUGACCCCAGCUGGACUGGCAUUUUUCCAGUGCACUUGGGAGGACAGCCUCAUGGACUUCUUCCACAACACUCUGAAAAUGAGGGCACCAACCUUCGAAUAUGUGCAGCCACCAGAGUAUAUCCCCAAGCAGGUCACGUACCCACACAAGGAACCUUUCAACAUAUACCUGGACAAGUACCGAGACCCACGUGACCUGAGGGAAGAGGUGUGCCUCAAACGGCUAAGGAAGCUGAACCCACUUGAGGAAGAGCCGCCCAUGCCGAAAUACCCCAACAUCUACAAGGUGCCGCAGGGAACUCCGAGCUGGCUUGUGGAUGAAAUGCGAAAGGAGCGUUUCCGGAUAGGCAAAUACCGAGACCUACGGCCAUUCUCGCUCUAUCCCGAGGCUGAGUACGAGGACCCCAAGGAGAAGGCGCUGAGGGAGCAAGAGCAGCUGGAACGCGAGUGGGCAGAAGGAAAGAGAAAGAAGCCCGAAAAAUCACCUUAGGUCAGGAGCAGUAGAGUCCCAACUGCUAUUGUUGAGGAACCAAAUGCUGGAGGCCUCUUCUUUGGUGCAUAGCAUUAAACAUGAUUUAAUUUAUCA